GCAGCCUUGUAAGUUUCUUAGCCGAAUGAAAGCGUCCUCUUUGGAGGCCAAGCCAAAAGUGAUUGUCAUAAGUGGUCCUACUGGUGUUGGAAAGACUAGGAUAUCUAUCGAAUUAGCAAAGCUACUGAAUGGAGAAAUUAUUUCCGCAGAUUCUGUUCAAGUAUAUCGUAAACUAGACGUAGGUUCCAAUAAGCCUUCCAUAGAGGAAAGAAAUGGGAUUGUACACCAUCUGAUUGAUAUAGUGGAACCCACUUAUGAGUUUAGCGCGGGAGAGUUUUUCCAACGUGCUCGUGAAGCAACAAAAUCCAUUCUUAGCAGACACAAAGUUCCUAUAGUCGUUGGUGGUACUUCCAUGUAUGUACGUUGGUAUAUUUAUGGAUUGCCAGCAACACCACCUGCGACAAAUUCAGUGGCUUAUUAUGUUUCAACGACAUUAGAAGAGCUGAAUGGGAAUUGGGACCUUGCCAUUGAGUUACUGGAACAACUGGAUCCAAUGAGAGCAACUAAAAUAUGCAGAAAUGAUUGGUAUCGGCUGCGAAGAGCAUUGGAAAUUUAUUAUGCUACAGGCAAGCCUUUGAGUGAGUUACCACUACAAGGAGGUGCUCCCAAUCCAAAAAAGUUAUUACAGGGCAUACCUGUGACUGAUUUGGAUUAUGACUUUCGUUGUUUCUUCCUUGUUGCUCCACGCAAAGAGUUGAAUAGGUUUAUAGAUAGGAGAUGUGAACGAAUGAUUGCUCAAGAUGGUCUACUGAAGGAAGUAUUUGAGCUUUUGUAUAAGAGAGAAUUGUCGAAAGACUCUUCUGCCGGAAAAGCUAUCGGUUAUAGACAGACUAUUGAAUAUUUAACCAAUCAUGAAACAAAUGCUUUGGAUCAGUUCAUGAAAUAUUUAAGAGAUUUUCAGAAUGCUUCGAGACAAUAUGCACGAAGACAGUUGCAAUGGUUUCGAGGAGAAGAGUUAUUUCAUUGGGUACCUGUUGAGAUGUUUUCGAAUGAUAUUUCACAUGUUGCUCCGAUAGAGUAUAUCAUGCAUUGGUUCGCUGCCACAUCAGAAGAGUAUAAAGAGUCUACGAGACAAAGAAUUGAUGCUGAGGUUCGAGAGAUAUCUUUAAAACAAGGAAAAGAGAUGAAAACGUAUACACCUGAGCUAGUAUUGUUUCAAGACCAGAAUUUGAUCGAGUCUACAGUACGAGAAGCGUGUGACUUUCAAUUCAAAUUAAGAGAAGCUUGAGACAAUUGGUAAAAUUGUAAAU